AUGGGUCACAGGUGCUGCAGUAAACAGAAAGUGAAGAAGGGAUUGUGGUCUCCUGAAGAAGACGAGAAGCUCCUUAAACACAUCACUACUCAUGGCCAUGGCAGCUGGAGUUCUGUUCCAAAACUGGCUGGUUUGCAAAGGUGUGGAAAGAGUUGCAGGUUGAGAUGGAUAAACUAUCUGAGACCAGACCUGAGGAGAGGCUCCUUUACUGGGGAAGAAGAACAGAUAAUCAUUGACUGCCACAGAAUUUUAGGCAACAGAUGGGCUCAGAUUGCUAAGCAUUUGCCAGGAAGAACUGACAAUGAAGUCAAGAAUUACUGGAAUUCUUGCAUUAAAUUGAUCUCACAAGGUUUAGACCCAAAGACUCACAAUUUGAUCCCUUCUCAUCAAAGAGCUUCUAAAAAGCUUACAUGCAACAUCUCACAAGCCUUCUUCGAUCAAGCCAUUCCUGUUUUCACUAUGAAUAAUGGACAAAUGACACCAAUUAAUAAUAAUAAACACAUGGAGAGUCCACCUCCAGUUCUCACAUUACCUUCACCUUCACCUCCUCUUCAAAAUGCUCACCAAUAUUCUCCAUUAAUGGCCUCAACAAUUUUACCAACACCGACCUCUCAAUAUCAAAUGCAAAACCCUAAUUUUUGGACAGCAAAUUGUGGUCAAAAUUCCCAUGACUCCAUUACUACUACUGCUACUACUACUUUCCCUAGUGUCUCCUCCAUUGAGAGUCGACCCAUUUCUUCUUCCUCAACUUCUUCAGUGAACCCAUCAGGGUUUGGUCUCCUAGAUGAGAGUUAUUCCAUUUGGGGCACCGAUACAAUGGUUGAACCGUAUAGAGUAUCAAGCCUGGAAGGACUGAAACUUCAAGACAAGAAGUUAAAGAGAAGGAGAAAAGCAACUAUAAAAUCUAUGAAGUAA